CACUCAUCAUCAUCUUCCUCUUUGUUUCAAAGCGCUUCUCUUAGAUUUAUGAUCUUUCUCCUUUUUCAUCUUCAAUGGAGGAAUUAAUGGCUGCUUGGUCAGAUGGGUCGGAAGACGAGCUGGUGAGAGAGCUUCUGGACAAUCACUCUCCUUUCUUUGUGUUGCCGGAGAAGACCACUGAACCGGACAAGACAAGUGGUUUGAAUGAAGAGGCCAUUAACCGGCUCAUCUCCACCGUCUAUUCCAGCCCUACGAUUGGAGAUAUUGAGUCCGCAUUGUCGGUGACUCCCCGGAAGAACGACCAACUCCAAGAACUUUCACAAGCCAGCAGAAUUUCUAUAUUAGAAAGAGGUUUAAAUAAGGUUGAGCAUAAGUACACUCUGAAAAUCAAGAGCUUUGGCAAUGUGAUGGCUGAUGAUGGAUAUAAAUGGAGGAAGUAUGGCCAGAAGUCCAUUAAGAACAGUCCAAAUCCCCGGAGCUAUUACAGGUGUACAAACCCAAGGUGCAGUGCAAAGAAGCAGGUGGAAAGGUCGAGUGAGGACCCAGAGACACUUAUCAUCACCUAUGAAGGUCUCCACCUACACUAUGCUUACCCAUACUUUUCACACGACCAAAACCAGUAUGUGGAUCCAGCAAUCAAGAAGCCCAAGAAGACUAUCUCAGAGGCCCAAGCCGAUGAUUUUCAACAAACUCAAGAAGCCCAAGAGAGCCCAACAAAUCUUACUACCGGGCCAGCAUUAAGCCCACCUGAAUAUCGAGAAGGAAUUAUGGGCUCACAAGGGUUGCUUGAAGAUGUGGUGCCUUUGAUGAUCAGAAACCCUCCCAACAACACAUUCUCAAACUCCUCUUCUUGUUCAUCUUACCGCUCGCCUCCUACUUCACCUUCUUCUUUGUCAUGGUGUACUAGUUAUUCUGCCACGUGUUUUGACAUAGGCAUCUAGCAAUAAAACCUUCAUGGUUUUCUUAGGAUGAUCGGGAUUGAAUAAUUCGGUCUAAAAGCGUGAUAGUAUGUUAAGAUCAAAUAUAGAUUUCAAAGUGGUUUAGUAUAAAGCAAGGGACAAUUAAUCUUUUAAUUUAUAUUCAGUUUAUUUUUAUCUUUGAGCAACUUGUAAAAUUUAGAGGGUCUUUGACUCUUGUUUCAGAAAA